CACCACAACCCGUUCGCCUGUGCCCAACCAAAACCCCAGGGCUGGAAGAUGUGGCAGCCGGCCACCGAGCGCCUGCAGCACUUUCAGACCAUGUUGAAGUCUAAGUUGAAUGUCCUAACACUGAAGAAAGAACCUCUUCCAGCUGUGAUCUUUCAUGAGCCUGAGGCCAUUGAGCUAUGUACCACCACGCCCCUCAUGAAGACUAGAACUCACAGUGGCUGCAAGGUUACUUACCUGGGUAAAGUCCCCACCACAGGCAUGCAGUUUUUGUCUGGCUGCACAGAAAAACCAGUCAUCGAGCUCUGGAAGAAGCAUACACUAGCCCGAGAAGAUGUCUUUCCAGCCAAUGCCCUCCUGGAAAUCCGACCAUUCCAAGUGUGGCUCCAUCACCUUGAUCACAAAGGUGAGGCCACAGUCCACAUGGAUACUUUCCAAGUGGCCCGCAUUGCAUACUGCACUGCUGAUCACCACGUGAGCCCCAACAUCUUUGCCUGGGUUUACAGGGAGAUCAACGAUGACCUGUCAUAUCAGAUGGACUGUCAUGCAGUAGAGUGUGAGAGCAAGCUCGAGGCUAAAAAGCUCGCCCAUGCAAUGAUGGAAGCCUUCAAGAAGACUUUCCACAGCAUGAAGAGUGAUGGCCGGAUCCACAGGAACAGCUCCUCUGAAGAAGUGUCCCAGGAGUUGGAAUCUGAUGAUGGCUGAAUGGACUGAGCUCCAGCAAACAUAGCAUUGGUCAAGGAAUUCAAGAAGCUAGAUGAAUAAGCAAAACAUCACAUUAGGAUGAAAAGACUGCCAAACUAUUGGAUGAUCACACUUUUAAAAUUCAAAUGAAAUGUAUUAUUCAAGUAAUUACAUUAUGUUGAAAUCUGCUCCUGCUGUGACUGUGAGGAAGGUUGGAGUAUGGAUGGGAAGGAGAAUUCUACAUUCCCCUCCUCUUAUUUUGUCCCUCAUUUCCCAUUGUCUCCCUGUAGGGCAGGAUGUCCAUGCCGAUUUUCACCUCUCAGGCAAAUACAUGGAUAUUGUUGUUUGCUGGACCAUUCCAAUUUGCCUUAUACCCAACAAGAAUAAUAGUGCACCUAUGGGAUCCCUAACCGUAGAGAAAGCUGACACUCAUGCUGAGGCCAGAGGGGUGAAGGAACAUGUUAGGCAGAUCCAGUGAUCUCCCCUUCAUGGCAUGUUCCAGAUACUCUCCUCAGUAAGCAAAUCAGCACAGCCUGUAUUAAGCUUUACCACUAACAGCCUGGUAGCUGGCAGUUAAUUCAGUUACAGAUGAUGCUUUUAUUUACACAAAUAUAUCAAGUAGUACCCUCUUAUCAUAUUCACACCAUCUAUUUUCUUAGGAUACCUGCAACUUCUAAUAAUAAAGCUUUCUUCCUCCAGUCAUUUCACUUUCUUUCUCUUUCCAACCCUGCCAACUUCCCUAUGUGAUGGGAAUCUCAACAUAUACUACAAAACACCAAAAGGGAAGAAGACAACCAGGUAUAUGAUGAAAUAAAAAAAUCAAACAGACUCAAAGUUUAAAACUCACCAUCAUUACUACCACUGCAUAAACCUUGGGAAAAAGGAACCAGUUUGUCAGCAAAUGAACAAAUUUCUAGCAGACUGUCUUUCUUUUCCUGCUGCUGAGUUAUUCUAAUUUUGUUUGAUGGUCCUAUCUGAUGAAUUCUUCCCAGCAGGCUACAUACGUGAUUUGCUAUUUCCCCAGCAAAGCCUGGCCCUCAUCACUCAGUAUUGCACUAGUGUAAGGAAUGAGUCAUACAAACUUCACUUGUCAAAAGCCUGUGUCUUUCUCCAUCUAAAAGAAAAUCUCAACUUGUUCUCUUUUAAUCAGUGGCAUCUUCCUGGCAAAAUUGCCAGGUGGUUUACUCUUUCUCAUGAGCAGUUGUCUUGAAGAAAACUGGAGCUUUCUCCUUUUUUGGUGAAACUUUUCAUGCCAUUGCAAUAAAGUCAACUUGGAAUGAAAUUGUAUUUGUGGAAACAUGUACAUUAAGACUAAAAACAGAUGGCCAGUUGACCAGGUACUCCUGAUUCUUUAUUCAAGUCCUUUUUUGAAUCCUGAUGAUGUUGGGGACACAGGCAUACCUGGGAAAAAGCCUUAAAGGAGAGAUAAGAGAAGGCAGCAUCAUUGGUUUUUGGGUCUGUGUAUCAGUGUGUCUGUGUAUGCAUUUGUGUGUGUCGUGAGCCCUCUGUUGGGUCCGGUUCUGAGGCAUGUAGAAUAAGCAUGGAGUCAUAUGGAAGACAACUUGCCUUUUGGAGAUAUGCUUGCUGCUUUACAAUAUAUGUAAACGAUUCUUUAGCAUAAAUGCAUCCAUUCUUUAAUAAAAUUAUGUUUGCAUUCAUAAA